AUGGCUGCCAACGCUCUAAGGUACAAGGACAAAGUGGUCCUGGUGACUGGUGGUUCUAAAGGCAUCGGAGAGGGUGCAACGCGUGAAUUCGUCAAAGCUGGUGCAAAAGUUGCCUUCUGUGCAAGAGGAGUGGAAGCGGGAAAUGCCCUAGAGGCCGAGCUUAAUAAAGCUGGUCCAGGCGAAGCCUUCUAUAUCCAAUGUGACGUCAGAAAUGAAGAGCAGAUUAAGAAAACAGUUGAGCAGACAGUGGCGAAGUACACUCAGCUUGACUGCCUGGUGAACAACGCUGGCUGGCAUGCAGGUGCGGAGGUCAUCGAUGACAUAUCUGUGGAGCAGUUCAACUCACUCCUCAACUACAAUCUUGUUAGCUACUUCAUUUGUUCAAAGUAUUCACUCCCACAUCUGAGAAAGACAAAGGGAAAUAUCAUCAAUGUGUCCAGCGUGGUAUCCACUCUCGGCCAGGCUCAAGCCAUUCCUUAUGUUACUUCAAAGGGAGCAAUUGAUGCGAUGACAAGAGCUAUGUCAAUUGACGAGGCUAAACACCAAGUUCGUGUGAAUGGUGUCUCCCCUGGUAACAUUUGGACACCCCUAUGGAACAGUUUUGCACAGACCGCCGCAGAUCCAGAAGCAAUCAUAAAGGGUGGAAAGGAGGGUCAGCUCCUUGGGCGCUUCGGCACUAUCGAAGAAGCCGGGAAAAUGUUCUUAUUCGUCGCGGCCGAAGCAACAUUCUGUACCGGCAAUAACUUCUUAUUUACGGGGGGCGCUGAGCUCAACUACGCAUGCAAGACCCAGUUGAAGGAACACACCAACAUCUUUGAGUGAUUAUUUGAAGGGGAGAUUUUUGUAAAGUACUUUAAAGCCAGUGGACACUAUUGGUUAUUGUCAAAGACCAGUCUUCGC